AAUCUUUUAUACUCUCUCUUCUAGGGUUAUAGCUUAUAGGUUAAUCUUUAAUCACAUAAUAGUCUCUAUUUUUUGGCUCUCUCUUCUUUACAUAAUCUUUCUAGGGUUUCUUCUAAUCCUCUUUUUCUGGGUUUUCAAGAUCAAUUCACACUCUUCAUCGCAAAUCCUACUUCGUUUUCUUUUUCUCUUCCUUUUUUUCAGGUUCUACAAAAAUGGUGAGAGGAAAGACUCAGAUGAAGAGAAUAGAGAACGCAACAAGCAGGCAAGUAACCUUUUCAAAGAGAAGAAAUGGACUGCUUAAAAAGGCCUUUGAGCUAUCAGUUCUUUGUGAUGCUGAAGUUGCACUUAUCAUCUUCUCUCCUAGGGGAAAGCUCUAUGAGUUCUCCAGUUGCAGUAUUUAUAAGACAAUAGAGAGGUAUCAGAAGAAAGCCAAGGAUCUAGGAAUCAGCAUCAAAACUGUUCAAGAAUGCACCAGCCAGCACAUGAAGGAAGAUACUUUUAGCUUGGCAAAGAAGAUCGAGCUUCUUGAAGUUUCUAAAAGAAAAUUGCUUGGAGAUGGGUUAGAACCAUGUUCAGUUGAUGAGCUGCAGCAAUUAGAAAAUCAACUGGAGCGGAGCUUAACCAGAAUUAGAACAAGAAAGAAUCAGCUGUUCGGAGAGAAGAUCGAGAAGCUGAGGGAAGAGGAGAAAAUCUUGAUGGAAGAAAACACAAAGUUGAGGAAGAAGUGUGGGAUGAAACCAAUGGAGCUGACAACAAAGAAGCAACAGAUAGCAGACAGAGAAAGCAUGGAGGUGGAGACUGAAUUGUUCAUAGGUCCACCGGAGACACGAAUUGCUCAAAAACCUUAGACACAUUUUUACCAUUCACAUAUAAAAAAGAAGAAGAAAAAUAAAAAGUGUUGGUUUCAUCAGCAGAAUGAUGGUGUUCAUCAUCCUUUUAAUCCACGUCUAAUUAUGAUCAUUAAACCAAAUAAAUUUUUGUCAAUAACCCAUAUAGAAAAGCUGUGAUAUAAGUAAACCAAUUUGUCUGGACUAAA